UAAAAAAUAGUGUAGCACAUGAAAUGUGGUUAAAUUAUGAAAAUAAUGUUUUUGCCUAAAUAGUUUAUCUUGUAUGUUUUAUUAUUAUUUUGAUGUUUGAUGUUCUUUGUCAAAGUAGUACUGAGUUUAUUAUGAUGUUUAGCGAAUGAUACUGAGACUUCAUAUUAAGAUAUAUUUUAAUUUUGUUAUGUUAUAAUUGAUCAUUUUUAUAGCUUAUGGCAUCGAAAAAGCAAUUAUCAACCAACAAUGGUAACUCUAGGACUUUGAGUUGGACUAGAGCCAUGGACGAUGCUCUUGUUGAUGCUUUUAUGCAUGAAUUUGAAAAUGGUAACAAAGUUAAUGGUACCUUCACAUCAACAGCGUAUGACCAUAUUACAGCUGAAAUCAGUGCAUUAUUUGGGGAAAAAAUUGACAGGGUGAAGAUAAAAAACCGUUGGAAAACUUUGAAAAAAAACUUCACCGAAUAUUACGACAUUUUUAAAGGUGGUAUGAGUGGAUUUUCUAUGAAUCCAACUACACAAUUAUGGGAUGCUGAGCCAGAAGUUUGGGAUGCUCUAAUUGCGUCAAAACCAAAAGCGGCAUAUUGGAGAAAUGUUCCACUUCCAAAUUAUGAGAAGAUGGUGACACUUUAUGGACCCAACCGAGCUGAUGGCGAUGAAUCUGGGACUUUAAAGGAGACAAGAAAACAAAGUUCAUCGGUCAUUGAUGAAGACUUUGUAGAAACUAUUCAAGACAUUGAUGGCCAUGUUGCUCAAAAUGAGGUGAAUUUGGAGGGUUUUGAUGCUCCUCAUUUUGAUUUUACUGUACCUGAAACACAAUCAUCAGACCCCUCUCCUAUAGCAAGUGGUAGUAAAAAGAAGAAAUUGAAAGUGGCUAAGAAUAAAGAGUCAAACAAUGAAAUGAUUGAAAUGAAAGAGUCAAUGAAUAUGGUUGCUGAGGCACUACGAGAAGGAAAUGAAAUAAUGAGAGAACGUCAAAAAUAUGAUCUGCCUCCAAUUUCUGGUGAAGAAACAUGGAAUUUAAUAGAGGGUUGCGGGUGUGAGGCAGCGUCAUUGCCUAAGAUAUAUUGUGCUGUCAUGAACGAUGUUAACAAACUUAGAAUGAUUCUCCAAUGUCCACUUGAAGCACGCAAAGCUGUGAUAAUGCAAAUGGUCUUUGGUUCAUCUGAUUAA